AUAUGUAAAAGGAAACAGCGUGCAUUAAUUAUAAGAACAAUCAGUCGGAAGCAAUUAGCACAGAGUCAAUUGAAGUUUAAACAACUGUACACACUUGAAUUAACACCUUCUUGGAUAAAGCAAAGCGUAUAUUUCUUGCUGGCAGAAUAGAAUAUUUCAUAAGCGAUUGUUAUUCAAUUGGUACACAUUUGAGAGGAGACCAGCGUUUAUAGUGUAACUCUAUUUUUAACUCAAACUUUGUCGCUCUUUAAGCACGGCCAGUCUGCUUGAGAGAAAGUAUUGAUUUAUAAUGAUUAUGGACAUAUACUACAAUUGCGGAAGAAGGUUUAUUGUGUAACUUGUAAGAGCCGACAACGUGUUAGUAUAUUGUAAAUGGUUAGGAAUUUAUUUUGGUGAGCUGGAGGUAUACUUUUAGAGGUGGGAGACAGUCAAGCGCAAUCCCCCUUAAUUGUACGGUAACCUCACACCAGGAGAUGUACGUCGAAGUGCAAACAAACGGAACAGUUACAUGCGAGAUUUCUCGUCCGUCAUCCAAAAUCAUAAUAGAAGUAAUACAAUGCAUUAAUAACUUAACAGACUGUAUUCUUGAUCCAGGUAUUGUGAUUGAAAGGUAUGACAUUCAUCGUACAUCGAAAGGUACUAUUCUGAGUAUCCGGAAUCAUUUAGAAGACAUGCGUGUGUCAUGUUUCGAUCCGUAUGUUAAGGCUCCAUCAGCUUACCAUUGCGCUUCCAAAUGACUGUUUGCUACUGACCCAUACAUAUUCAGAUGGUGUUACGGAAACGACACAUGUUGAAGGACAAAGUAAUAAUUAUAGAGACGGAAUUAUAAUUGGAUCAUUAACUGGCUUUGUUAUCUUAGCUGUUAUUUGUGUGGUGCUAUGGCUGAACAGACGAUAUAUACCAUUAUGUGCAGAAUUAUAUCGGAAACAAGACAAGGCUGAAUCUGCAUACGAAGAGGUGGAACAGAUGGAGAUCACCGAGCCGUCGGCACAACCAUCCAACCAACAACAAAGCAUUGCUGAUUCUGCAAACGUAGUGAUGAAUAUUCUAACUGGAACAAAUGAGCCGUCGGAACCACCAUCUAACCAGCAACAAAGCAAUGCUGAUUCUGCAAACGUAGCGAUAGACGAUACAACUGGAACAAAUGGUAUGAAGGAUUUUCUAAUUUUACACGCGAUGGACGAUGCAGACCUAGCCAGGAAGGUCAAGGAGAAGAUGGAGCAUGUGCUUGACGUUAAUAUUCGGCCAUUAGUAGACGUGUUUGGCGAUGUCGGUCUAAAUCAUGGACAAUUAUCGUGCAUUGAUUCAAUGAUGAAUGAAUACAGAUGUAUAAUAUUUCUCGUCACUCCGAACUUCAAACUAGACAAGUUACAUUUGUAUCAAGGCGAAACCACAUUAGUGAUGGAUUUGAUGGGUGUAAGACGUGACCAACAACAUCGGUUUGUACCACUUUUAUGCGACAUUAAGUUGAGCGACCUCAAAGUAGGUUGGCUUUCAACAUUGAUACCUUUAUAUUUUACAGACAGUGGUAUGCAGCAAGUUCCGCGAUUGAUUGAAAACAUUCGAAAAAUGAAACUUUAAAUCAAGAUUGCGCUACAAUCAAACAAAUUCACAUAGUAAUUGUUAAAAAUACCGAUCACAUGACAGGUGACUGAUUUAAGUUGUUUCAUGUUGUACUUAAUGAAUUGUGUAUCUAUGUGUGACAUAACUUGUACAUAUUUAUGCUGAUUGUGUUGAAGACAACUCAAUUAUGUUUUUAAAAGUAAAGUUGAUAAGCUCAAGCUCUGUUCACAUCAUGCUUGAAUGCGAUAAAAAAAUGUGGCUGGCUCUAAGUUGCUAUAUAACUCAAGUGAGCGAUCAAGCUAAUAAGGUCGCCUUAUAGUUGUGUUAUGUAUGUAUAGCGGCACCGAUUUUUACCCAACUAUAAUUUGACGUGUUAUGAAGUAUUUAAUUCCUGGUGCUUUUGAAGACAGUAAUGUGAGUUAAUAAAAUAUUGCAAUUUG